AUGGGUCUUCAAGAUCUCUCCCCCGAGAUCCUUUUCCAGAUUUGUGAACUCUUCUGCGAGCACUGCCGGGGAGAGGAGCACGGGAUGGAGCAGCCGCCAGAGUGGUGGGGACUUGCCAACCCUCGCAGCAAUCUCCUUGCCCUGUCCCUUGUGUGCAGAUCGAUCGGGUCUGUUGCCCAACAGGUGCUUCACCACUUUGGGUAUAUGGAAUAUCAUAGGGAGUCCAAAGCUAAAUUCUGCCGUACAAUCUCCAAUAACCCAGAACUAGCCAAAAGUCUUCGGUGGGUUAACCUGUCGUCAUACGGAAGCGACGAGGCGCCACUGGAUAUUGUACAAGGAUGGUUGCCGGAAACUAUUGACAAGCUCAGUCACCAUCUGCUGGAUGGAGGGACUUGGAUACCGGACAAGAAUCUCCUGAAUGCAAUCAUUCUGCUCCAAGCGCCGAAUCUUGAGCGAAUUGACGAUGACGGAAGUCACCACAAGGCAGCAUUUAACUUUCUGGACCAUGACGCCGUGAUCCGGGAUCGCGCCCUCCCACCGAACCUGAAGUAUCUACGCCUGGGUUACGCCUUUACCUAUCACCUCCGUGGGACAAUUAUGGACCUUUCCUGGGAUAUGCUUGGUGGCUUCAUUGAUUCUUUCAAUAAACUUGAAUCCCUGCACGUCUACUACCCCCUCGCUUCGGGGAUUGACAAGCGGCUAUCAUUCGACUCCCUCCGUACCCUUCAGCUCGACCAGUCCUUUAUGCCACGAAAGGACCUUGAAAGACUCCUCUCAUGCAUGCCAAAGCUCGAGGAAUUCGCCAUUACUCGGCUAUUCGACGGCAAUAGUGAUUUCCCUGAACCUGCCACUGGCCCUGAAAUCUUGGAGGUAUUGGCAGGACGAAAUGACACUCUGCGGAGACUCGAGCUCGAUAUGUCAUGCACAUAUGAUCAUGUUGAGAACCUAAGAGCUCUAACUAAUCUAGAGGAGUUGAAAAUCAGGUUGGGGGAAUCUAGGCAUACCGCCUAUAGAUAUCGCCAGAGGAUCGACAAACAGUUCUUUAUACGCAUCAUGCCACCAUCACUCCGAAAGCUCCACAUCGACUUCUUCGAUAAAGAGAAGAUGUUUGAAGAAGCUAGCGAUGGCCUGAUGACGUACAUCUUAUCAACGUACCGAGAAAACCCCCAGGACCAGAGACUUCGAAUGGUGCAGGUGGACAUGCAACGCCUACCAAAGCACUGGCAGGUUUGCCAGAGGGAUGCUUUUCAACAAGGAUGUCAUGAGUGGGCAAAGAACGGGACCCUGGCAUUUGGCAUUGAACUGUUUGAUUGGAAUCGGGGGAGAGAUGAAAUAUGA